AUGUUCUCCCUCAAAGCAAGCACAAUCCUCCUAUUCUCGAGUCUCUUUCUUUCAGUGGCCGAGAAUGUCGCUGGCGUUAGCAUCCCCACGUCUUUCGUGUUGAUUGGGGAUAGCACAACUGCUAUCAAGUCCGGAUGGGGUAACGGCUUUUGCGGAUCCUCUACACCAGCGAUUCAGUCUUCGCUGGAACCAGCAACACCGUGUUUCAAUCUAGCAGUCGGCGGAGCGAAUAGUGGAAGCUACGUUACACAAGGUUACUGGAAGACCGCGCUAAACGUCAUCAAGAAUGAAGUUGCCAAAAGCCGGCGUACGAUUGUCACCAUUCAAUUCGGUCACAACGACAGGAAUGUUGGGCCAGCAUCUUUACUCGCUGGACACCUCACUGCCAUGGUUAAGGAAGUCAAGGAGGUGAAAGCUGAGCCUGUCCUUGUCACUUCCCUCAUCGUUCGCCAAUUCGACAAGGCCGGUACAACUAUUAUCUCCGAUACCUUGGAACCCUACGCUCAAGCGACUAUUGGUGUGGCUCAGGCAGAAAAGACGCACCUCUUGGAUCUUCACGCAGCUAGCAAAAAGUACUGCGAGGCUAUCAAGUCAACUUCGGCCCAUAAAUUUGACCCCGCCGCGACGGACUAUACUCAUCUCAACAAUAAGGGCAUGAUUGUAUUUGGGAGAAUGCUCGCCGACCUGAUGACCCAGGACUUCGGUCUCAUCGGGAUCAACUUGUUGCCCAUCAUCCCAAAUCCAGCUUUGUCGUACAAUAUUUCGCAUGGUAUUCCCUCUUACUGA